AUGGUGCACAAGGAGCUGCAGCAGGCAUGGUGGUUCGACAGCCACAACCUCGCCAGGACGUCCCCGUGGCUCGGCACCACUCUUUCAGAACUGGAUGACAAGACCAAGCAAAUGCUCAAGCUGAUCGACCAAGAUGCGGACUCGUUCGCUCAGCGUGCUGAAAUGUACUACAAGAAGCGUCCAGUCCUGGUGGACAUGCUCGGCGACCUGUACCGCACGCACCGCUCGCUCGCCGAGCAGUAUGACCUGCUGAAGCAUGGCAGCGGCACAUGCCGGUCCAAAUUCAAUCCAUCUCCCUGCACCAAGAGCUGGUCUCCGGGGUCCAUGGAUGGCAAGGCGACCAAGAGCUGGUCUUCAGGGUCCAUGGAUGGCAAGACAACAAGAAGUUCUUCCUCCAACUCACUGUGCUCAGACUCCUAUGACUCCGAGUCUGAAGUUGAUGACCCGGAAGAAGAGCAUGAUGAGAAGGUGUCCGAAGGCGCUGCAGCGGCAGCGGCAAAGAAGGACCAGCUUGACCAAGAAGCAGAGCUCAUGCGCGCGGAGAUCAAGAGGCUCAACGAGCAGAACUCCGAGCUGCAGAAGGUGAUCGAGGAGAACAAGGCGGCUCACGAGGCGGAGCUCGCCGCGAAGGACGAGGAGAAGAGGGAGGUCAUCAGGCAGCUCGCGUCGUCCAUCGACAUGGUGAAGCAGGAGAACUACACCCUGCGCGAGCUCCUCAAGAGCCCCAACCCAAAGCACCACCCCGCCGCCGCGGCCCCGCCCCGCGGCUUCGAUCUCAGGAAGCUGACCAAGGACCUGUUCUCGGCGAAGCUGUUCACGGGCCAACGCAAGCAUAAUGGUCCCAUGGUCGCUCUGUGA